CUGAGUUUUGAACUUUUGGUGAUGUAUCAUAUCAGCCUUCCCCAAUGCACCGCCUACCAUUCAUAUCAGCAAGGAUGCGGAGAAGGGCCAGAAGACGCCUGAUAUGGGUCUUCGUUCAUUCACGCCUCUUCCUGAGCCUCGUUCAGCAUUCAGCCUUAAUCCAUUCGCACGGUCUGGCAAUCAUCCGUUGAAGUCGCUCGAGCCUCGGUUUGAGAAAAGAUGGGACAGCCUUUUCCGGGAGGGAUCUGAGCCGAAGGUUGAACAGCAACAGCCGUCAAUAAUUUCCCAUACCAUCAGCAGACCGAUGCGUUUGAUGGCUCUGGGCAAGAGGAAGAAAGAGGGAGACAGUGAGAACGUGCCAAAGGCAGAGGAUGAGCACCCCAAGUCGAGCUGGCUCAAGCCCAUGACAAAGCUUUUUGCGAAGAAGGCUGUUCCUGCCGAAGAAUUUGUCGUCAACAGGCCGUUGUCGCGGCCUCCUAGACCUCAAUUGACAAUUUCGACUCAGCAUGCUGCCUCACUCAAGUUCGAUGACCUACCUCACAUUGAGCGGUCUCCGACUCGAGAAGAGCCUGCUUCUGCCUGGUCUGUCUCUCCGACUCCACCCACGCUGCCGUGGACGAAGAACACAGCUUCGCCUGUCAAGAAGUCGACACCCCCUCAUGUCUCCUUCCCCCCACCGCCGGUCCAUCCAGAGAAGCGCAGGAAAGUCAGCGUGCCUACUGACGUCGGGUCAUUCGAUGAUUCCAACUUCACUCCUCCGCAGGCCCAGGGUCCAAGCCCGCUCGCUGUGUCAUUGCACCACGCUUUCGAGCAGGCGCCCCCGCAGCAGGCAACUGUCCCGUUGACACUCUACCCGUCACAAGUGCAAGCUGCGAUCCUCACUACCUCUAAGGAAGAGAAGAAUAAACCGUUGGUGGUCCCUACCCCGCCGGGUCUUGCGUCAUCCAAAUUCCGCGCAGAAUCCACCACGCGAGCAAUGCUAUAGAUCCGUUUGCAAUGCCCUUUGAUGACGACGCUCGCGUAGUAUCUCCGACUCAGAGUAAAAGGAUUACCAAUCCUUUCGCUGGCCUUGCACCGUACGUCCAAACGACGUGGACUUUGAGAUGACGCUUUACUUUGUAUUUUGUACGUUACGCACCAUACAUACGGUUAAUAUCCCUCCCUCACUGUGGAUUAAUCUCGCGCUCACACUCUCUUUUCACGUAUUUUUAACUGUAGCACUUUAUCGAUUUCCCGACAUCGAGGAGCACACUUCAUUUCACACAUUUGUAGCUUUAUUCUACUGACUUUGCACUGUUAUCCGCUGGUACUCGGACUGCACUAAAUCAAAUGCCAUUUGGUGAUAUCGAGAGCAGGGCGGGUUGA